ACCCUAUAACCAAGACGGAAUACCUGAAUGCAUAAUGAUGUUUAUUAGAAAGCAACGAGUAUUUCUUCUACUAACGUUUACUGUUUGUAUAGGAGUAAUUAUUAUUAUUAAUACCAAGCACAUGAACGUAAGUUUGAAGACAGAAAUACAGCAAAAUAAGUUUAUACGAUAUGUGAACAAUUCGACAAAGACAAGAUACGGGCAUAAUGAAACUUAUUACGUGUGUGCUGGAACGACUGGCCGAUUGGGCAAUCAACUGUACGUCUUUGCAUCCUCAUACGGAAUUGCCAAACGCAGUGGUAUGAAACUUAUUGUUGGGUUAAAACCAGAUAAUCUAUCGGAUACGUUUCAAAUCGAGGGUGCGUUUGAGACGGAUUGGGGUUUGUGUGAAGCCGCUAAAUUAGUACAUACAUUGAAAUGCUGUCAAGUAGCAAACCACGCUUACAAAAUACACUUGAAUAGCACAGUGUACGUCUAUGGCUACUUACAGAGCUAUAAAUAUUUUACAGAAUAUAACGAAGAAAUACGUCAAUAUUUAACUUUUAAAGAUCAAAUUUUACGAACUGCUAAAACUAAAUUAAAUACGCUCUUAACAAAGAAAUAUGGAAAAAAUCAUAGAAAUCGAACUUUAAUAGGAAUACAUGUUCGACGUGGUGACUAUCUGCUGAAAGUCAAACAAGAGUACGGCUACAAAGUUCCUUCUGAAGACUAUUUUUACAAAGCACAGCAAUACAUGCAGAAUAGAUAUAAAAACAUCACGUAUCUUGCAUGCUCAAAUGACUUAACAUGGACUCAGAACGCCUUCAGAAGCCAACGUGACGUCAUAGUUGUGCCCACGGGCCCAGCCGCGGUUGAUCUAGCACUCCUCUCGUUGUUAGACCAUAUGAUCACGAGUGUUGGUUCUUACAGUUUCUGGGCCGCGUGGUUUAUCAAUGGAACCACAGUAUAUUAUAAAAAUUUUACAUUACCUAAUUCUAGUUUCGCUAGCGAAUUUGAUAAAGAUAAACUAGAUACAAUUCCUCCUCACUGGAUAGGAUUUUAGCUUCAGUAUGAUAUCAGGUAAAAGUAAAUAUAUAGAUGGAAAUACAUGUAGUUAGUGUUAAAUGUGAACUUACAUAUGAUUCUACAACCACAUGGAAGGAUAUAUAUAUCAACAUAGAGAGGACUCGUGUUGGUUAUAAGAAAGUACAGCAAGUAACAUUUCAUAAUAAAGAAUCAAUGAACAGUGACAAAUCUGUUUUGCCAUUUUCAAACUCAAAGUGGCUUCAUAAUUAUGUACAGAGUUUCAACAGCAGAAGAUCUUGUACAGAUUCAAAACAGCGCGUGAAACAACGGGAAUCUGUGAUAUUAUGAUACAUGAAUUGAACUAAAUGUUAAUAAACAUAUGUCAUCUUCAUGAUCGGGAAUGGAAUGUGUUUAUUGACCAAAUUAGCUGAUAAUCUCGGUUGGUGUGCAAUGUAUGAGGCGUGUGAAAUAGCUUUAUUUAACAUCCGCUUCCACUGAAGUGAUAUCGCAUACAAAAAUGUAUGAGGCAUGUCUAUUCCAUAUUUGGCUAAUUCGUGACUUCAUUAGGCUUAGUAACCAAUCAUCAUUAAUUACGUAACAUUUGAUUAAUUAGAUAUUUGAAAGUCGAAACCAUAGUGUAGAAAACCAUCAGAGCAUUGGGCGAUCAUAGACAGACACCAUGUAGAUUCUUGAACAUGCAUUAUACAAGGGUUAAAUCUGCCUAUUGCAGGCCUUUCUUUAGGCCUGAAAUGAUAUCUAAAUUAUUAAUUAGACAUUUUACCCAGACCAUAAUGAACUGUCAAUGGCAUCGUUAGCCUGCGAUCUUUAGUGGAUUUGAAUACAUUUUGUGAUGGGUAAUUUAACGAAAAAAUGGAUAAUCGAGACAUUGUUAAUUAUUGAACCACCGUUAAUAAUGGUGAUCGAGGCUAGCCGAAAACUGAAUCGUUAAUAUCUUGGUUCAGAGUGUAGAAAUUGGGCUGAAAUUUUACGCAUUUUCUGUUAUCAUUAUCUAUUUUUUAACUAUUAUAGCGAGAACUGUCAGUUCGUUAUCUAAUCUUACCUAAUGCCCCUUUAAUAAGGAGAGACCGUUGAAGUUCAAGAGAUACCAUCUGCUUUCAGAAUGCCCCGUUAAGUCGUAGGAGAGCCAUAUGAUGUAGUGGGAUCCGUUUGUUGGUGGGGUUGAGAGAGUAGAGAAUGACUUCAUUUUAAUCUAUACUUGUAACCUAUGUAACUUGUAACAUUCAAAUGCACGAAAGGAAACCAUCGACAAAUUACAACACGAUCAUAAAAACAUUAACUACCUCUUGUUCGGGUCCACAAAACACUGUACAGAUGUAAACAACAAUAUUUUUAAUCAAGUCCACAAGUUUAUUGACAUGUCAAACAGAUUUUAAUCUUGCUUAUUAAUUGUUUUAAUUUACAAUAUUAGUUUUAAAUUUAUGUGAUGAUGUAACAUAUAAUAUAUAUUGUACAUUGCCAUCCGUCUCUUGAUAUAUGUAUUUACAUAUAUUUAUGUAUGUGUUUGCCAUUUUAACUGUGUAUAUACACCCAUUUUGUUCCUUUGUUUUAAUAUUAUGCAUGUAUAUAAUCUAGAGAGAGGGGUUUUACAUAGGCUAACCCUGUUCCCCAAUCUCAUUCAGACAAACUGAAUAAAAUGUGCUUGACAUAAAACUUUAGAAACGAACUGUGGUAUUGUUAUUCCCGUGUGCAACGAUAAACUGAAUAAAUCCACAACGUUUAAUGUGGAGUCCCAAGUAGAGAAUUACAAAUAUAACCAGAGACACUACUAGACGAUCACAAGGCUAAUAAGAUAUGUAGCAGAGAAGAGAGUGUGCGUCACACGUUGGAUGUGGGGAUUUUUUGGCAUGCUGCAUAGUGCUACAUAUGCAAAAUUUCCCUUAUAGCACACUGUAUUGCGUAUGCCCGUCUGCAUUAGCCCAGUUUAGGAGCAAAACAGUAGGACGUAUAACC